GCCUGCCAAGGAUGGGUGACACACAAGGGCUCAUUAAAACGACCAACCGCCAUUUAGACCGGGAGAGCCAAUCAGAACACGUGCUUGAGAUACUAGUGAGUGAUUCAGGAGAACCAUCUUUAUCAUCUACCACCCGAGUGGUGGUUACAGUCGAAGACAUCAAUGAUCAUGAUCCACAAUUCACAGAAUCUCUUUAUCGAUGUCCAGUUUUGGUAUCUAACAAAAUGGCCGAAGGAUAUCUCUGUCGAGUUGUUGCUACCGAUCCCGAUGAAGGUCCCAAUGCUCUGGUGGAAUAUAAGAUACAAAAAACAAGUGCUGGAAACAUUUUUCAUGUACAUCCAAAAACUGGAAUUAUAACUACCAACAAGACUCUUCAGACCGGAUCUGAAUAUGAACUUUUUAUAGAAGCCAGUGAUCAUGGUAAACCAAAGCGAUCACAAACUGUUCGUGUUUUGAUUGAAGCCAUUGCUGGGCCUAAAAAGUCUCCUCAUCCUCCAGUCAUCAGGAAUUCUGAAUCAUACAAUGUAGUAACUGCAAGUGACCCAAUACAACAGAUGGUGACAUUAAUUGAAGCAGAUGAUAAAGAUAAAGACAGAUUAUGGUUUGCAAUUGUUGGUGGUAAUGAUGAUGAAAAAUUUAUGAUGAAAAAUGAUGCUGGUGCAGUCCUUUUAGCAGAGCCUGUGAAUGGAGAAAAGCUCAGCCAGUAUAACUUGAAUAUCAGCGUAACAGAUGGAACCCAUACUGUGUACACAAUGCGAAAGGUGGACGUGAAAGAUAUCAAUGAUCAUAGACCAGUUUUUAAGCAGUCUAAGUACAUUGUAACUGUCAAUGAGAGUUCUCAACAAGGAACAGAGAUCUUGCAUGUGUCUGCAGAAGAUCGUGAUAAAGCAGAGCAGCUGUUCUACUCAAUUUACAAUAGUGCUAGUCCUUCCAGCCUUAAACACUUCCACAUGGAUCCAAAGAAAGGUACAUUGUCCAUUGCCGAGCCCCUUGACCGUGAAAUGAGUCGACACCAUAUUCUGACCAUUAUGGUCAAAGAUCGAGGCACUCCUGCUAAACGGAACUUUGGUCGUGUACACGUUGAUGUGGAAGAUCAUAACGACCAUGCUCCUGAGUUUCUGUCCACUCAAUUUGAAGGUCAGGUUUAUGAGACAGCAGGUAUUGGCACCCCUGUUGUUCAAGUGUUUGCUGUUGAUAGUGACAAGGGAAGAAAUGCUCAUAUCAACUUUGCAAUUGUUAAAGGAAAUGAAGGGAACAGUUUUGCAAUCGACUCCAAGCUUGGAAUUGUUUCAGUUGCCAAGGAACUCAACCAGAAUCUUAUGGGAGAAUAUUAUCUCACUGUAAGAGCUUCGGAUGAAGGAGAAGUUCCCAAAGAAAGUACCACAAGUGUUCACAUUAUUGUGACGAUUCCCGAUAAUUCUGCACCAAAAUUUGAAAAGAAAGAGUAUGUCACAGAACUGUAUGAAAAUGAAAAACCUGGGACUGUUGUCAUUACCGUAGCAGCCUCCAGUCGGUCCCUGCUAUAUUAUGAAAUAGUAUCUGGAAAUAUUGACGCAAAGUUUGCUAUUAAUCCCCAUUCUGGUGAACUUCGCACAACUACAGAACUAGACUAUGAAGAAACAAAUCUCUACAAUUUAACUGUUAAUGCAACAAACCUAGUUAGUAUGAAUGCUAGUACUGUAAUAACUAUACAUGUACUUGACAGAAAUGAUAAUACUCCAAAGUUUCUGAAGUCUAUUUAUUAUGGCAAAAUUAGUGAAUCAGCAGAAAUUGGAACCCUGGUGUUAACCAAUGAAAGUGUUCCCCUGGUGGUCACUGCAACAGACAAAGACUCUGGAUUGAACUCGCAUUUAGUUUAUGAGAUUAUCGAGAAAUUACCCCGUACUUACUUCCAGAUCGAUUCGUCCACAGGUUCCAUAAGUACAGUCCAAACAUUGGAUCAUGAAAAAAUAACAUAUUUUCGAUUCACUGUCCAAGUUACAGAUAAGGGUAAACCUCGGCUUAUUGCUGAAGAAAACGCAGAAGUUUUUAUUUUGGUGCUGGAUGUAAAUGAUUCUCCUCCUCAGUUUGAAAAGGACAUGUACGAAUGUACCCUGCUUCUGCCUACUUACAAAGGUGUAGCUGUUACUGUUGUCAAAGCUCACGAUCCUGAUUCUGAUGCACAGACAGGAAUUAAAUAUGCUAUUGUAUCUGGUAACCGUGGAGCCAAGUUUGUUAUUAAUGAGGUCACUGGUCAGAUCUUCAUAAGGGACCCAGAAAAAUUGGAGGACCAGUACAAUAUGAUUGUAGCAGCUAAAGAUGGCGUGUUUGAGGCUAGCACCAAAGUUCAAGUCAGAGUAGAAAAGACAAAAGAUAGUGGACUAAAGUUUUCCAAGAGUAUUUACAGAGCUUCAAUUAUGGAAAACACAACUGACAUAUUAAAAGUUACUAUUGUAACUGUUGUUGGAAGUGCCCUAAAUGAGCAUGUGACUUUCGAUAUCCUAAACCCUUCUGGUAUGUUUAGGAUUGGGAAAACAUCUGGGUCAAUCCAGACAACUGGCAAGCCUUUUGAUCGUGAGACUGAAAACAGUUAUACUCUUGUUGUAGAAGCAAGAAGUGCAGUUACUUCUGUGCCACGUGUAGCUCAUGUCCUUGUAGAAAUAACUAUUCUUGACGUGAAUGACAAUGCCCCAAUAUUUGUUAAUCUUCCUUAUUAUUCAGUGGUGCCUAUUGAAGCCCAGCCUGGAGAUUUGAUUCGCAAGGUACAAGCUAUUGAUUUGGAUAUGGACUUAAAUGGGUACAUACAUUAUGAGCUAGUGAAAGGAGAGAAGGACCUGUUUAGUAUCGAUAGUCGAACAGGAGAAGUUCGGCUACGCCAUUACCUUAAACCUCACAUAACUGCUUAUGAUGUUGUCGUAGCAGCAUAUGAUAAUGGGAAGCCCUCAUUACGUAGUGAAGUAGCUGUACCCAUAAAGGUGAUCAACAGGAACAUGCCGACAUUUGAAAAACAGUUUUACAGAGUUUUAGUACCAGAAAAUAUACGUCCUAAAUCACCUGUUCUCUCAAUCACGGCUGAAAGUCCACAAGGACGCCAACUGAUCUACAGUAUUGUUAAAGGAAAUGAUGAUGAAGAAUUUGGAGUUGAUUUCAACACUGACCCAGGUCAUAAUAAUGGUCCAUGUGUUAUCUUUGUGGUGGAGGAGCUUGACUUUGAGAUCCGUCAGCAACAUCAUAUCACACUACGAGCCACUGAUUCUGUAUCUGGAGACUACACGGAUGUUUUAGUGGAUAUCCAAGUUGAAGAUGUGAAUGAUAAUGCUCCCAUGUUUAGUCAACCAACCUACAAUGGAACGAUCUCAGAGGCUACACCCUUUGGAACAUCAAUCCUGAAGGUUUAUGCAACUGACAGAGACACAGGUCCUAAUCAGGAUAUACAGUAUAGCAUUCUAGGUAAUGCUACUGCUUAUUUCCACGUUGAUCCUACAGAAGGCAUAGUCUUUAUCAAACAUUCUCUUGACCACGAAACUCAGCCUAUGCAUCAUUUUGUUGUUAUGGCAACAGAUGGAGGCUCACCAUCUCUAAGCUCGACGGCAAAUGUUUGGGUUACAGUUUCAGAUAUGAAUGACAAUCCUCCUUCAUUUAGAAACCCAUCUUAUAAAUGUGUCCUUAGUGAACAUGCUGAACGUGGGCAGUUUGUCAUCAUGGUGGUUGCAUCUGAUCCUGACGUUACAGACCAACCAAAACUAGCAUAUUCUAUUGUAGGUGGCAAUGAUCAUCAGGCUUUUACAAUCAACAACACAACGGGUGUGGUCUCCCUUUUCAAUGCUCAUCAGUUCUGGACACAGUCCUCCUAUGUUUUGAACAUAUCAGUAACAGACGGUGUGUACUCCAGCUAUGCUAGAGUUACAGUGGACAUACGGAGUGCUAACAGACACGCACCCGUGUUUAGCCGAACGAAAUAUGAAGUUGCCUUAGAAGAGAACCUGCCACCUGGAUCCUUGGUAGCAACUGUGAUUGCCACAGACAAAGACAGGAGUGUUUAUGGAGUUGUCAGAUACUAUAUACAGAGUGAAGAAUGUUUGAAAUUGUUCAGUAUAAAUCCCAGUUCAGGAGAAAUCGUCACAAAAAUGUCCUUUGACAGAGAAAAGAAAAACCUCUACGAGAUUCCUCUAGUGGCCAUGGAUGUUGGUGGACGAGCAGGGUACAGCACGGUUAGGCUUACCAUUACAGAUGUGAAUGACAAUAUACCACAGUUUUUAGUUGCAGAGUAUCAAGUUAGCAUACAUUCAAACAUGAUAGUAGGCACGACCAUUUUGAAAGUACAUGCAUUGGAUUUGGACUUGGCAGAAGCGGCAUCUUUGGAGUACAGUAUAUAUGAAAGGAACAAUUCAGAAAUUCAAAAAAUGUUUCACAUUGCUCACGAUCAAGGAGAAAUUUACCUUAAAAGUUCUGCUAAGGGGCUAGAAAAUACUGUGUAUCAGUUUUUUGUCCGAGCCCAAGACAGAGGAUCUCCACCAUUACAGACUGAAGUCCCAGUCAGUAUCCAUGUUAAAGGCCCAAAUCAACAAGCUCCCAAGUUUGACAAACUUUGUUAUGAGUUCUUUCUCAAUGAAAACUCUGAAAUUGGUAAAAUAGUCGCAACUUUAAGCGUAACUUACCCUGAAGAGGUUGUAUACUCUUUUGCUCCCGUUAACAAAGAUUCAGGAGCUCAACUUUACUUGUCAAGCUUCAGUAUUGACAACCAGGGUCACAUCAUGCAAGUUGCAGAACUAGACAGAGAAGAAAGAGACACUUAUAAUCUAACUCUCAGAGUGGAAUCCAUCUCCCAACACCAUUUAGCAUCGUACACUGAUGUUAGCAUUAUUCUGAUGGAUGAAAAUGACAACACUCCAGUGUUUGAAUCCAGUCCAUACAAAGUCACAGUUGCAGAGAAUGUAGAAGUAGACUACACAGUAACAAGAUUGGCAGCCUAUGAUCUUGAUAUCGCAACCAAUGCUAAAGUUGUGUUUUCGUUUGGUCCAGACACUGAGGAUAUUGCUAAAGUGUUUAAUCUGGAUCCCAUCGAGGGCUGGAUUACCGUCAAGACGCAUCUAGACCGGGAAACAACGCCCUGGUACAACUUUUCUGUUAUUGUCCAUGAUAGUGGUUCCCCACAACUUUCUUCACAAACAAUGGUGCAUAUAGAAGUAAAAGAUUACAAUGACAACCCUCCAGUUUUUAGGCGUGAUUACUAUGAAAGCUCUAUAUUUGAAAAUGCAUUGGCAGGAACCAUUAUCAUUAUGUUGGAAAUUGAUGAUCCUGAUAGUGAUGUUGGUGAUCCUGUUCAGUUUUACAUAAUUGAUGGUAAUCCACAAGAUCAGCUUCAUAUCAGCAGAAAUGGUGAGAUCUACGUCAACAAGCCCCUCGACAGAGAACAAACACCUAGCUACAAACUGAAAGUUAUUGGAACUGAUGGAAGAUUUGUAUCCAGCACUACAGUAGCUAUUGAAGUUUUGGAUGCUAACGACAAUCCUCCCAUUUGUUACAUGUCUAAAUACACAGAACUCGUAUCAGAGAGUAUUGAACCCAAAACUUAUAUCCUGACUGUUGAAGCAACAGAUAAGGAUGAGGAAAGGAAUGCCCAGCUGCAUUAUUACUUGACUGGAGAGGGAGCUGAAGAUUUUUACAUCAAUCCAGUAGAAGGAUUUUUGAAGACAGAAAAGCCACUGGAUAGAGAACGUCAGCCCCGUUACCAUCUCGUGGCUCACGUUCAAGAUAAAGACAAACCUGAAUGGGAAUGCACUACCGUUGUUGAAAUACUUCUCAGUGAUGUGAACGAUAAUCCUCCAGAAUUUACAUCAAAUGUUUACACUGUAACAGUCCCCGAGGAUUCUAAAGUUGGAACACUGAUCACCAAAGUCCAUGCUAUAGAUAAAGACUUGGGAAUAAAUCGUAAAAUUAGUUACUCCUUUGUUGAUUCUGCAAAUGGUAACUUCACCAUUAACAAUCAGACUGGCAUUGUCCGCCUCCACAGAUCUUUAGAUCGUGAGCAGAUAGCGUUUUACAACUUAACGGUUCAGUGUAGUGACCAUGGUACUCCUCAGCUCUCCUCUGUUGCAACCAUUUUGGUCAGGGUACAAGACAUUAACGAUAAUCCACCAGAGUUUGCUAAUAACUUCUAUCAUGCUAAUGUCUCGGAGAGAGACGAAGCUGGUACAGAACUUGUCCGUGUCCUCGCAAGAAGCAAGGACACUGGAGUGAAUGCAGAAAUCACCUAUUCUAUCGUCAAUGGAAAUGAUUUUGGUGGCUUUAUCAUUCAUCCAAAAUCAGGUGUCAUUUCUGUUGCUAAAAGUUUAGAUUAUGAAGAUGUGAAAGAUUAUUUCCUAACCAUUGAAGCCAAAGAUGGAGGAACGCCACCACUUAAUAACCAUGCCACAGUUAAUAUAUCUGUUAUCGAUGCUAAUGACAAUCCUCCAGUUUUCAAUCAGCCAUCUUACAGAGUUGUUAUUCCUGAGGAUGCAUCUCCAGGGGACAAAAUUAUACAGGUUAAAGCUAGCGAUAUUGACAGCCUUCCAAACUCCAGAUUGUCUUUCUUUAUCAUUGGAGGUGACAAACACAGCCAAUUUAAAAUGAAGGAGGAAGAUGGCUAUAUUAUUUUGGCUGCUCCACUGGACAGGGAGUCGGUUUCUACUUAUGUUUUGGAAGUGGAAUGUAAAGACAGUGGAACUCCUUCCUUAUCUACAGUUGUUUUGGUUAACAUUGAAGUUUCUGAUGUCAAUGAUAACCCACCUGUUUUCUCUCAGGCAAACUAUACAGCCAUUGUUCAGCUUGAUAAAUUGGAAACAGUAGAAGGAAAACAGCGGGGGUUUACCAUUCUGAAAUUUUCGGUCACUGAUGCUGACUCCCCUCCAAAUACAACCCCUUUUACAUUUGACAUUGUCUCUGGAAAUGAGGACAAGUCUUUCCGCCUGGUCCAGCAAGAUGCUUCUUUACGCACAGCCACCUUGUUCAACCAUAAGUUUAAGAAUGAAUACAUUCUCCACAUCAAGGUUUCAGAUGGAGGCAUACCACCACAGAGCAGUGAGACAUGGGUUGUGAUUCACAUCAUCGAAGAAAGCCAGUUCCCUCCGGUGGUAAACUCUUUGAAAGUUUCUGUGAGCUCUUAUCUAGAUGAGUUUCCUGGAGGUGUGAUGGGACGAGUCCAUGCCGCAGACAGCGAUCCCUAUGACAAGUUAAUCUAUGAUAUUGUGUCGCCUCACAAACAUUUGUUUAAGAUUGAUCCUGAAGAUGGUACAUUGGUUGCUUAUGAAGGAUUGGAUUCAGGGAGCUACAAUAUUACUGUCAGUGUCAGUGAUGGAAAGUUUAAUACAUAUGGAACUGCCUUGGUAGAGGUCUCUGUGGUGAUGGAGGAGGCAGUGAAGAACAGUAUAGGUAUCAGUCUCGAUGAUGUUACUCCUGAAGAUUUCCUUCUUAGUUACAAGAAAGGUUUUCUUAGGGCAGUAAGAAACAUUUUAAAUGUUCGAAUUCAAGAUGUGACAAUUAUCAGCAUGCAACCAUCCUUAGAUGAGUCCAUCAGAAGUCGCAGAAGCACGCGACAGGAUCUAGACAUCUUGUUUGCAAUAAAAAAGGGUAUUCAAGGAUUUUAUUCGCCAAACACAAUUUUGACAAAAUUGAAAGAGCAGAAAGAAUCUUUCGAAUCAACUAUUGGACUCAUGGUUGUAAAGGUUACAGAAGACAGGUGCACCAAAAACCACUGCGAUCAUGGAGAAUGUGUUGACAGAGUUAUUUUAGACAAGAUCCAUGCCAUUAGCAUCACAACUGACUCUUUAAGUUAUGUGUCUCCCCAACAUUAUAGGAAACUCGAGUGCCAUUGUGAUCCAGGUUACGGAGGAGAACGCUGUGAUCAUGAAGUGAAUGAAUGUGCUCGUAGACCGUGUCCACAGUAUCGUGUUUGUACACCAGAUGGCUCUCCAUUGGGUUACACCUGCAGGUGUCCAGAGGGAAAAAUGGGAACCUUCUGUGACCUAGAAGAGGGGGCUCCUUGUCAAGGUCUUGCCUGUUAUGAAGAAAAGCAUCCAAUUUUCUUCAGUGGAAAGAGUUAUGCUCAUUAUGAACUAAACAUCCCCAUCAAUCGACACUUAAGUGUGGUUUUACGAAUAAGGACAAAAUUAGCAACUGGAAACCUGAUGUAUGCUGCCGGAAUGAGAGAUUACAGUAUACUUGAGAUGGUAGAUGGUUUCAUCCAGUACCGAUUCGAUUUUGGCAGUGGUGAGGGAAUAAUUCAGGUAUCAAAUGUAAGAGUGAAUGAUGGAUUGUGGCAUGAGGUAAAGUUAGACAGGCAUGACAAUACAGCAGAAGUUUUUGUUGAUGGUCAAUUUAGAAUAUCGGGGAAGGCCCCAGGUGUUCACGAACUGCUGAACUUGGAAAGAAAUGAUGUCUUUUUUGGAGGUGAGGUACACACCUUGACACUUGAUGAUGUAAGAAUGGGCUUCAUUGGGUGUAUGGAUGACAUUCGGGUGGCAGGAUUACCACUUCCACUCAUCUCUUCGGCAAGCAGCUCUGUUGCCACAUUAAGAAGGUUUGUUCGUGUGGAAUAUUUCUGUGGUGCUUUGAUGGACCCAGGAGUUUGUGGUAGUCAACCUUGUCUCAAUGGUGGAACAUGUAAGGAUCUGGGACAGCUCUUUUCUUGCCAGUGUCCACAUCGUUUCUCUGGUCCUCGUUGUGAGUUUGACAGUAAUCCUUGUGCCUCAAAUCCUUGUCUUUAUGGUGGCACCUGCUACAAUAAUAAUAAUGAUUUUCGAUGUGAAUGUACACCAGGUCUCACCGGGAAGCGAUGUAGUUAUGGACGUUACUGUAACCCUAAUCCUUGCCAAAAUGGUGGCAUAUGUGAAGAAGGUGUUUCUGGACCUAGUUGCAAGUGUCAUGGUUUCCAUGGUAACUUUUGUGAGUUUGAUAUUGAUGAGUGUCAAACAUCACCUUGUGCUGUAGGUUCAACAUGCAUCAACUUCCGGGGAAGUUUUCGAUGCCAAUGUCAACCAAACAUGACAGGACCUCUUUGUACAGAAUCUCGUUUUACAACCUCCAUCACAUCAACUAGCAUGAACAUUACUAAAGAAGAAAUCAUUGGUAUUGCUGUAGUACUAGCUUUUAUUAUCAUUGCUGUCAUAAUAAUUGUCUGUUGCUGUCGUGUCUAUCACCGUAAACGACAUCGAAGGCCUCAAAACAAUGCCACACAGGAAGACUCAGCCAGUGAAAUGAUGUUGAAGAACCCAGUAGAUAAGGACAACUUCAAUAGAAUGGGUAAAGUGAGUAACUUGGAAGUAACACCAUUCAUAAGACCCACAAUACCUCCCCGCCCAGCUUCUUACACCCCAAGCACUCAAGAAACUCUGAGUACAAUGAAUAAUUUUGACACAGUUCGCAGCUAUGGCAGUGCUGCUGAUGACUUGGAGAGCAUCCCUCGCUAUAGUAAUGAAUUUUUGCAGAACAUUAACAAGCCAAUUGUCAGUGUAGCACCUACUCUUCCUCCUCCACCACCAUCCAACUCUGCAUCUGACUCUGAUUCCAUUGUCAAAGAAGGAUGGGAACACGACAAAGAGAGAUCCAAAGAAAAAAUGUAUCAGAAUAAAAUCCAAAAUGACUUGAAGCCUCAAAAGGUUGUGGCUCUUUCUCCUCUUCCUGUGGUCAAUCCAGUUAUACCAUCUAGAGGUCCUUCAAGUCUUGGAGUCUCUUCAGAACUAAGUUCAGUGGAUGAUCUAUCUGACCAUCCAGGGGAGAAGAGAGGCAAGGAUACUAAAGGAUACCAUUGGGACUGUUCUGAUUGGGCUAAUGCUCAGAAACCACUUGACAACAUCACAGAGAUCUCUAUGAAUGAGGUACCAGAUUCAUCUAGUGUACAAAGUGCAGAUACCAACAGCCAGAACAGCCAGAUAGAAUUACUCCCUAGUGAAAACAAAAACCAAUUCCUUGGGCUGCCAGAUGCUGAUGAGAGUGUAGACUUAGACUUUCCCAUCUCUGACAUUAUAGGUGAUUCAGAAGGUAAUGAUAGCCAAGGGGAUGAUGGCCAUCUUCAAGCCAUUCUAGGACUAAGUGAUAUGGAGUUUGUUGAUGGGGAUGAUGGUCCACCUUCCUCACCAUUUAAGUAUAAUUGCCACCCUAACCAGUAUUUGCCAGUCCAUGAGCAGCUUUGGAGUCAUCCUGGUAGUCACAGACCAACUCCUGGUAACCAGUCUGAUGAUGAUGUCUUAGCUUACGGGUUCCCACCACAAGGAGGUAGAGGAUUCAUGGUUGAUGGAGUAAGAGAUCUUCCUCGAAACUCUGGACUGGACUAUUUGUCAAUGUCGGCAGAAGGCUACACAUCCACCAAUGCUUCUUGCUCCGACAUUUCUGCUAAUGUGUGUGAAAUAGAAGAUAGUGAAGUUAACAGUGAUGUAGAAAUUGACUUUAGCAACAGGCAGCUGUCAGGAAACCGCUGUAUUGGAACUGUGAUCUAGUGUUAAGUACUUGCCUGCCUGUUCUUUGUUAUUAGGUGUCCUUGUCCAACUGACAUUUUUUUCUGUGUGUCAAAUGUCAAUUCUCUAAAAUUAAACAGAGAGUUUCUGAAUCAGUUGUAUGGAAUAGGAAAUGUAAAAAAAAGUGUGUUGUUAGAUCACUGUUUCUGUUCUUUGAAAGAUCUUAGAAAAAGAACGCACUGUGCCAAAUGGAUAUUGUUAUUUCAGUUACGUUGGGUAAUUCUCUCCAGUAUCAUGAGUCGUCCCAUUGCAGCAGUGAAAACUUGUUGAGUUCCUGCUCAUGAUCUUCUAAAACGAAAGAAAUUUUAGUUUCAAAAAGGGAUAAGCUACUCGUAGAGCAAGGUUUUAUAGUGUUAACUGCUUAAGUUGAAAUAUUCCUUAAAUAAUAAUAAGUUUAAAAAGAAAUGAAACAUUUAGUUUUGAUAAGUCUGAAAGCACACAAGGUUUGUUAGCAGUACCAUGAAAAACAGCUGAGGCUCGCAGUUGUUAAAUAUGAUUUUAUUCAAUGUUAAAGUGGUGGAAAAGGAUCCUACCUGUAAUAUGUUACAAAUGGAAAGUACCUGAAAAAUUUGAGGUUUAAAUUCUGAGCUUGAGUGAAAAAAAACACUUAGUUUUUUUGUUUUGUUUAUAACAACAUUUGUACCUGGAUACACUUAAACUUCAAAAUAUUAUGAAACUUACAUCUUGAUUAGUUCAGCUCUUCUAAUUGAGAUGGAUGCCCGAAUGUCCUCACUGUUACUUCAGGUUUCGACGAGGAAUUUGUUAAGUGUUAUAUAGGGGUUUAUUGUCUUUUCUUAGCAAUAUUGUAUACUCUGUGACAGAAAAUUUCUUCAACUUGAGUUAAAACUGACUAGUUUUAUUUGAUGAAAGUCCCUUUAAACAAAAUUCGUAAAUUAAUAAUAGACCCUUUUUUUUGUCAUGGUAAAGCUUAAGUGCUUGCACAAAAAUCUGUAGAACAUUGGUAACAUAAGCAUGUAACCAUAGUGCCAGUGAAUGGAUACACAAGCAUGUUACCACCUUUUGGCAAGUAGCUACAUAAGUGUAUAACCUUAUUGCCAUUGUAGCUAGUCAGUGGAUUUUAACACUGUUACUAAGAGCAAUGUAAUAAUUGUUAUCAGUCUAGUUCUAAGUGACGAUUGACACGGUUUCAAUAUCUAAAACUGUGAUGGCUGAAAUCAUGUUGAACUUAACGUUACACAAAACCAAACCGAUAAAGGAAUUCCUCCCCACCAAUCCAAAUACAGUUGAAGUUGACUUUACUGUCCAUAAUCUUCAGUGUUAGCGACUAAGUUUUUUAAUAAGAAUGGUGACUAUUUCUUUUACCUAAAAGAAAACAAAAAAAGUAGGUAAAGAAGCAUGUAUUUAUAGGUUGUGCAGCUGAAACAUUGAUGGAAGUCAUACUUUUUUGUAUCAUGUUUGAAGAAACACAUUUUUUUCAGAAGUUCGUUUUUGUUUUCACGGUUUUAACAUUGCUGUGAUGAAUUUUGAGAUGGGCAGCAUUUUUUUUUAUCUGUUUCCAUAGGUGAUUUUGUAUUCUUGCUGACUCAGAAUUUCAAAUGGAAACUCCUUUUUUUUUUUUACUUACUGAAGGAAGAAGAAUUAUCACAGAUUGUUCUUUAGAAAAUUUCUUCUAAUUUUAAAAAUUUUACAGUUGGAAAAACAAGAAAAUUGUGUUAUUGUUAAGCAUUCUAGGCCCUGUAAGCUGAUAUGUGAAUCUUUAGUAAUAUCUUCCAAGUCAUUAAGGCUUAGGUUUUAAUUUUUUAAAAAAU